UAUAUAUAUAUAUAUAUAAGUAAAAUCAGAUUUAUCUAAAACAUUUAUAUUCUGCUUUAUUUCCUCAAAACUCAAGGUGGCUAACAGUGCAACAGCACAGUUCAUUAAACACAGCUACAGAACAUAACAGCGCCAUAAGGGCUCAGGGCAAAUGUACAAGGCAGCUAAUUCAAAGGCUCUGCAGAGUCGGUGUGUCUUUAGGUGGCAGCAGAAGGCCAUAAAAGAUGCUGCCAGUCCUUUCUCCAAGGGGGAGGGAAUUCCAUAACCCAGGGGCAGGGGCUGAAAGUUUCUGUCAUGGGUUGCCCUCAGCUGUGCUCCUGCAACAGAACACCAACAGACAACCUCUGAAUUCCAGGCUGGUUCAUGAAAGGUGAGGUGAUCCUUCGGGUACCAUUUGGGCCUUUAAAAAUCAAAAUCAGCACUUUAAAUUAUCCCGGAAAGAGCUUGGGGGCCAAAGCUGCUGGUAACGCACUGGUUUUGCAUGUUCAUCACAGCAAGUUCCAGAUGAAGGAUGUGCAUUUUUUACCAUCUUGUCCAGAAAGCAUAAAUGAGAAACUGACGGCUUCCAGUGAUAGUCCCGCAUAGAGUGUAGUGUCUGAUUGUUACCCAAGCCACAUGCGACAGUGACCAGAUCUACUUUCUCUAGGAACAGCCACAUUUGGUGAACUAGCCUAAGCUGGUUAAAGGUGUGCCUUGCCACUUCCACAACCUGUUUAUCCAGUGAUGGAUGCAAAGGAGCACAAUGAAACAGCAAGUUUGAUCUUUCAGCUCUACAAGCGCUUUGAGAUUGCUGAAGGCCCCCCUGAAUCUAUGGGCCGCGGCCGGGAUUGGAAUGUUGACCUGAUCCCUAAAUUCCUCAUGGCAAAUGGUCAGCUGGUGAAGAUGCUGCUGUAUACAGAAGUGACGCGCUAUCUAGACUUCAAAGUGGUGGAGGGCAGCUUUGUGUACAAGGCAGGGAAGAUCUACAAGGUGCCAUCAACAGAGACUGAGGCUCUAGCAUCCAAUCUCAUGGGUAUGUUUGAGAAGCGCCGCUUCCGCAAGUUCCUGGUCUUCGUGGCAAACUUUGAUGAGAAUGACCCGAAGACACUGGAAGGGGUGGAUCCACACGGCACCACCAUGCGUGAGGUCUAUCGACGCUUUGACCUAGGCCAGGAUGUUAUUGACUUCACAGGUCAUGCACUAGCACUCUACCGCACUGAUGAUUACAUGGACCAGCCCUGCUUGGAGACCAUCAAUCGCAUCAAACUGUACAGUGAAUCCCUGGCCCGCUAUGGCAAAAGCCCCUAUCUCUACCCACUCUACGGUCUGGGGGAGCUCCCUCAAGGUUUUGCCAGGCUCAGUGCUAUCUAUGGUGGCACCUACAUGCUCAACAAACCAGUGGAUGAGAUUGUCAUGGAAGGUGGCAAGGUUGUCGGGGUCAAAUCAGAAGGAGAGGUGGCACGCUGCAAACAGUUGAUCUGUGAUCCCAGCUACGUGCCGGAUCGAGUGCGCCCAGCAGGGAAGGUUGUCCGUGUCAUCUGCAUUCUGAGCCAUCCUAUCCGUGGCACCAACGAUGCCAACUCUUGUCAAAUCAUCAUCCCCCAGAACCAAGUGGGGCGCAACUCAGAUAUCUAUGUCUGCCUCAUCUCCUCUGCCCAUAAUGUAGCAGCUCAGGGCAAGUACAUUGCGAUCGCCAGCACUACCGUUGAGACUGACUCCCCUGAGAGCGAAGUGCAGCCGGCUCUUGAACUGCUUGAACCUGUUGACCAAAAGUUUGUGGCCAUCAGUGCCCUGUAUGAACCAACCGAGGAUGGCACUGAAAGUCAGAUAUUUUGUUCACGGUCAUAUGAUGCCACCACUCACUUUGAGACGACAUGUGAUGACAUCAAAGACAUUUACCGGCGCAUGGCAGGAGCUCCCUUUGACUUUGAGAGCAUGAAACGGCGCCAGAAUGAUGUCUUUGGCGAGGAUGAACAGUGACCACUUCUCUUUUCCUUCCCCACCCUGCCCCAGUUAUACCCAUGCAAGGGACCAGCCUCCCACUAUGGACUCCCACGUGUCGUCCAAGACUGACUCUCUUCCGCCCCCCCCCCCCCAAAUCCUCACCUGUGCUAGACUUUUCUCCACUGGGACCAGUCACCUUAAACUAGAGGGAGGAGCCCUGUUCCCAGCUUGCUUUUCCUUCCUGCCCCUCAGCAAGGGUCUUUUCUGCCUGUCAGAGUCAGAUUUCAUAGCGGCUGAAGCUGGGUAAGAGUUGGUAAAAUUCGGAGUCCUGUAGGGAUCCACCUCCUAAGACCCUUCCAGAGCCUGCAGAGAUUUAGGGCUAGAGCUGCCUUGGCCAGAAUUUAAACCCCAACAGCUCCUUUUCUCCCCUAAGAAAAAGUACGGGUGAUUUAGAAGGGGAAGAGGGUAGGAGAACAAGUAACUCCACCACCACCACCUCUUUGCUUUUCGACGUCAACACUCCCCUUCCCCCCUGGUUUUCUCCCAACUGGGUUCCAGAAGCAUGUUUUUAAAGACAGUGCUGCACACUUGGAGGAAGCGGAAGAGGGCGAGUCACGACAGAAAAGCAAUGGGCAUUCACUCUCACUAGAAAAAGAAACCACUGGGGAUACACACACAGCCGCCCACAAUAAAACGCAUUCUUUGGUCCUUACUCCGCCUGCUAAUCUCCAACCAUCACCUCCUCCUCAUCUCUCCCCCCUACGCUUAACGGCUGUGCCCCUAUUAUUGUGUGCAUUGCAAACCCCCCACCCCCGAUCCCAGUGAACUGGCUGCUUCCUUUAUUGAUGGCAAACUCUUUCCUGACCAGUGUCUGUAUAAUGAGCCUUCCUUCCUAUCUUUGUUUCCUCUGAUCAUGUUGUGAACACUUGAUUCCUCUGUGGCAGGAGGAGUCUGGAAUGGCAGCUUCUUUUGUAUGAGGAUCUGGGAGCAUGAAGAAACAUUUUGGAACAUCUUCUCAGCCACGCGUGCGCCUCAAGCCAGUUCCCCAGCCUCCCCACCCUGACCCGUUCGGGUUCCCACAUGCCUCUCUGUCUUGCGCCCGUUUUGUUCCCUUGACCCCUCUUAGUUCCUUUUAGCCUACAGUGUGAGAAGAUUUGUGUGUGUGUGUGUGUCUGUAUGUCUGUAUGUCUGUCUCGUGUGUUGGACAUAGGGACAGGGUGGUGAUUCUGUCCCCUCGCCACUUGCUGCCACCUGCUGUAACUUAUUGUAACUUAUUAAUAAAGCAGGUCAGAUUUUGUCAACACUCUUCACCAUUAGCAAUGUUUGGAAGGGGGUUCAGCCCUGGCACAAGUGAAGAGUCUGGGGGCCUGCCCUGUGUCAGAGGCUGCCUUCAUCCCGAAGCUGGCUUCAUGGUUAACAAUCGGUCUGUAACUCUAGGGGGCUCUGGGGGGGGUCAUCUCCCUCUACCCCGCAGCUGCUCAGUUGUCUCAAGAUAAUAAAUCCAUUUAGUCUG